AUGGUAUUUUUGUCUAUGUCGCCGCAAACAAAUUCUGUAGCAUUAUAUUUGAAGCAAUCACGUCUACUUUUCCGGAUUGGUUUAUGUAUAGUUUUGUUAGGAGGAAUUUUAUCUCUUUCUGAAGUUAUUUUUGAAUUGUUCUCGUUAACUGGCCAUGAUUUGGUGCAUUUUGAAUUAUGGCGGCUGUUUACACAUUUUACCAUCGAGACCAAUAUUUUUGCUUUCAUUUUACUAGUAUGGAAUCUUCAUCAAGUGGCAUCAUUAAUCGAGCCAAACUGGGGCAUGUUUGAAACCAUCAAAUAUCUAGGCAUCGUUCAGAUUGGUUCAUCGCUUUUAAUCACGAUUGUGGCAUUACUAACAUUUGUUAUCACGGUAAAUGACACCUUUUUUUUUCGGACUUAUAUAUUUGGUUUACUAUCGGCUUGUUCCGCCGUUUGUGUUGCUAUGAAACAGUACCUACCAGACUCGGUACUUCUGACUACACCAAUUGGUCAUAUCAAAAAUACUCAUCUUCCUUCUUGUAUUCUUGUCACCGCAUCAUUUUUGGUUGGAUUCGGCUUUCUUCGUUGGGUCUCACUACUUCAGAUUCUAUCCGGUAUUCAGAUAAGCUGGAUUUAUUUGCGGUUUUUGCAACCGCAUAAUGGUGAGCCGAGAGGGGACCCCAGCGAACAUUUUGCAUGGGCAACUCUCUUCCCUUCGAAGUUACAACCGUUAAUGAGGGUGCUAUCAUCAGCAGUUUAUACUUGCUUGAUACAAGCACAUUUAUGUAAACCAGUGGCAAGGCGUAUCGAUCUAAUGCAGCUUGAUUCUAUAAAUGUCAUUCUUCCUGGUUUACAAACGAGAGAUACGGAAAGAAGGCGGCAGAAAGCACUGCGCGAUUUGACCGAACGUUUAAAUCGUGUACAGCAAGCUGAAGCAAGUUUGUGGCCAGAAAUGGAAGAUGUUGAAGAUGGUAUAACAGUUCAGGACACUUUUGUAAUCCAACAACAGGAAGAGUCAAGAUCGCAAGAUUCAGUAGUGUUAGAACCAAUUUCUUUAAUCUAG